AUGUCGGCGCCAUGGACACGGACGCUGCCCGCCCUGCUGCUGCUGCUCACGGCGGUGUGCAUGGGGGAACUCCUGGAUCCCUGUGGCUACAUCGUCCCCGAGGCUCCGGUCGUGCGGCUCGGCUCUAACUUCACGGCGGUCUGCGUGCUCCUGGAGAAGUGCAUGGACUACUUCCACGUCAACGCCGCCUACAUCUUCUGGAAGACCAACCACGAGACGGUGCCCCGCGCACAGUACACCGUCCUGAACCGCACGGCGGCCAGCGUCACCUUCACCGACGUCGGCCUGCUCAGCACCCAGCUCACCUGCAACGUCCACGCGUUCGGGCAGAUCGACCAGAACGUGUACGGCGUCCGCGUCCUCUCCGGCCUGCCUCCGGAGAAGCCCACGAACCUGAGCUGCAUUGUGAACGAGGAGAAGAGGAUGACGUGCCAGUGGGACCCGGGGCGGGAAACGCACCUGGACACGAACUUCACCCUCAAAUCCGAAUGGGCCACGGACAAGUUCCCGGACUGCAAGACGGAGCGCGGCAGCCCCACCGCGUGCACCGUGGAGUACCAGGCCGUGUACUUCGUCAACAUGGAGGUCUGGGUGGAGGCGCGGAACGCCCUGGGGGUGGCCACGUCCGAGCACAUGAACUUCGACCCCGUGGACAAAGUGAAGCCCGUGCCCCCGCGGAACGUGUCCGUCAGCAGCUCGGAGGAGCUGUCCAGCAUCCUGAAGCUGACCUGGGUCAACCCCAGCAUCAACAAGUUCAUCAGCCUCAAGUACGACAUCCAGUACCGGGCCCGGGGCACUGCGGCCUGGACCCAGAUUCCUCUGGAAGACACGGCGUCCACCCGCUCCUCCUUCACGGUCCAGGACCUGCGGCCCUUCACGGAGUACGUGUUCCGGCUGCGCUGCAUGAAGGAGGACGGCCAGGGCUUCUGGAGCGACUGGAGCGAGGAGGCGCGGGGGACCACCUACGAGGACCGACCAUCCAAGGCCCCGAGCUUCUGGUACAAGGUGGAGCCGGCACCUGCUCAUGGCUCCCGGUUGGUGCAGCUCAUGUGGAAGACGCUGCCUCCGUUUGAAGCCAACGGGAAGAUCUUGGAUUACCAAGUGACUCUCACAAGGUGGAAAUCACGGUCCCAAAACUACACGGUCAGGGACACGAAGCUGACGGUGAACCUCACCAGCGAUCGCUACACAGCAACCCUGACCGCCAGGAACCUGGUCGGCACCUCGGACGCCGCCGUGCUCACCAUCCCCGCCUGUGACUUCGCAGCUACUCGCCCCGUGAGGGACCUUAAAGCGUUUCCCAAAGACAACCGGCUGUGGGUGGAGUGGAGCGCCCCCCGCGAGCCCGUGAGCAAGUACAUCCUGGAGUGGUGCGCGCUGUCCGACAAGGCGCCCUGCGUCCCCGACUGGCAGCAGGAGGACGGCAGUGUGCGCCGCGCCCACCUCACAGGGCGCCUGGCAGAGAGCACUUGCUACCUGAUCACCGUCACCCCGGUGUACAGCGACGGGCCGGGGGCCGCCGAGGCCGUGCGGGCGUACCUGAAGCAGGCCCCGCCCUCCUCGGGCCCCGUCGUGCGGACCAAGAAGGUGGGGAAGAACGAGGCCGUGCUGGCGUGGGACCAGCUGCCGGUGGACGAGCAGAACGGCUUCAUCCGGAACUACACCAUCUUCUACAAGACCAGCGCGGGCAACGAGACCGCCGUGAACGUGGACUCCUCCCACACGGAGUACACGCUGUCCUCGCUGACGAGCGACACGCUCUACAUGGUGCGCAUGGCGGCCUACACGGACGAGGGCGGCAAGUACGGCCCCGAGUUCACCUUCACCACCCCCAAGUUCGCCCAGGGAGAGAUCGAGGCCAUCGUGGUGCCUGUCUGCCUGGCCUUCCUGCUGCUCACGCUGCUGGGCGUGCUGCUCUGCUUCAACAAGCGGGACCUGAUCAAGAAGCACAUCUGGCCCACCGUCCCGGACCCGUCCAAGAGCCACAUCGCCCAGUGGUCGCCCCACACGCCGCCCCGGCAUAACUUCAGCUCGAAGGACCAGAUGUUCUCGGACGGCGCGCUCACGGACCUGAGCGUGGUGGAGAUCGAGGCGAGCGACCCGAAGCCGCUCCCGGAGGAGCUGAAGGCGCUGGAGCUGUUCCGGAAGGAGAAGCUGAGCACGGGCGGCCACAGCAGUGGCAUCGGCGGCUCCUCGUGCAUGUCCUCGCGGCAGAGCCUGUCCAGCGGCGACGAGGCCGAGGCGGCGUCUGCACAGAGCGCGGCGAGCGCCGUGCAGUACUCCACCGUGGUGCACAGCGGCUACCGCCACCAGGUGCCCUCCGUGCAGGUGUUCUCCCGCUCCGAGUCCACGCAGCCCCUGCUCGACUGCGAGGAGCGGCCCGACGAGCUGCCGCCGCCGCCGCCUCCGCCGGGCGAGGGCGCGGACCCGCCGCCCCGGCAGCAGUACUUCCAGCAGAGCCCCGGCCCGGCCGGCGAGGACCCCGUGGGGCCCGGGCAGCCGCCGGCGUUCCGGGAGGUCCCGGCGGCCCAGGGGCCCGGCGAGAGGCUGGAGACGGGUGGGCUGGAGGCCGCGCUCGGCCUGGACGAGGGGCCGCCGAAGAGCUACCUCCCACAGACGGUGCGGCCCGGCGGCUACAUGCCCCAGUGA